AUGUUGAAGAUCAAAGAAUUUAUCACACACGAGGACUAUUGGGGACACCUCACGAAUAAGCACAGCAAUGACAUCGCGCUCAUCAAGUUGACACGACCUUUCGAUUUUGAGGCCAGCCAUGGACGCAUUGGGACUGUCUGCCUAACCCCGGUGCAACCCCCGGCCGGGGUAGCCGUUAGAGUAGCAGGAUGGGGAAGAACUUCUCAGGGUGGAACCGUCAGCGACCAUUUGUUGGCCGUCAGCGUCCCUGUGAUAACAGACAAAAUAUGCAGGAAUACCUACCCAUACGGGUAUCGGCCCAAAUUAAUGUUCUGCGCCGGGCACAACAGAAAACAAGUGGGAAUGCUUCUGGGUCACAGAGUAAACGAACGAAGACCACGUGUUGCCCCGAAUAACUGGGUUACCGCUAAGCCGGACAAGGAGGAUAUAGACGAGUACGUCGACUUUACCGACAUAUUCUCAACCACGAAGACACACCUUCUACCGAAGUGGUAA